AGUUUUACUUUUUUUUGGCUUUGUUUUGUUUUGACGCUGGGAAUCCCAAAUCCCAUCAUCCGCAAGAUUGUUUGGUUCUCGGUAAUCGGAGCGCUGAUGAUUACGUUUGUUGUCAGUCACCUUUUAGCAAUGGAUCGAAUGGUACUACCGUUGGUGAUAUUAUUUUUCCAUUGCGUCCACGGGCAUCCACAAACAAGAGAAAUAUUUUACCGAAGAACCACCACGCCGGAUCCAAUCCAGGCGUUUUUUAGUAGCUGCAAUCCACAUACUGCUGAUUGCGUCCGUGAGCAAAAUUGUGCAUCUGAGAAUAUUUUGAAUGUUGGGCGAUGCAGUGGCAUUGGACAAGUCUGUUGCAAACGGGAGAAUACAGCUGUAGUAUUUCCAGACUAUACCACACCAAGACCCGUGAGAACCACCGCAACUACCACUACAGCUCGUCCUAGAACAACCAAACCGACAACUCUAAAACCAACCACAACGGAAGAACCUUUCACCGGUUGGUUAUAUGAAGAUUGCGGUGUUCGACAGUCGACCCAGCUGUAUAACGAAGAUAUCAGAGACUCUGAAAGAGACGAAUUCCCAUGGAAUGUAGCAAUCUUUUCGGAAUCCGUAAACAGUUUUGGAUACAUGCAGAACGUGUUCUACUGUGGAGGUACUCUGAUAGACGCUUCCGUCGUUAUUACGUCCGCCAACUGCGAAUCUCUCAAGCCUAACACUAAACUGUCCAUCGCUGUUGGCGUUUGGAACCUAAGCAAUCCCGAUGAGAACUGGCAGAUUCGCAAGGUGGUAAACAUCAUCAAGCAUCCAGGAUUCAAGCUUGAUUCGAGAAUAUCAAGUAUCGCGUUACUGGUUCUAGAUGACCAGGUGGAUUUUACUCCACGGAUCAACAGAAUAUGCUUGCCAGAGCCGGAUAUUGACUUAAGUCAAAGCAUGUGUUUUGUCACUGGAUGGGGCGGUAGUGAACCUGCGGUUCGAUCACGCAUGAAAUUAGUAGAAAUGCAGCGGAUAAAGCACGGCCAAUGCGAGGCAGCAGUUCGAAAAAUAGUACGCGGCCACUACCAGUUGAACCCAAGCUUUCUGUGUGCAAGGGAAGAUUUAAACAAUCACAUUUGCUCCUUUGAUGUCGGGUCACCAUUGUUCUGUUCGAUCCCGGGCCGUGAGAAUCAAUUCUAUCAAGUGGGUAUUUUCGUUUGGAAUCAGUUUGUGCAACAGAACCCCGUAUGUGGUGAUAAUGUUGGAACGGUGAACCUAUUUGUUGACAUUCAACAAUUCAAAAAGUGGAUUGAUGACAAAAUGGAAGAAAAUGAUAGAAGCUCUAACAUAUAUACACCACAGCCUCUAGAUGACAAUGACGAUAAUAAUUAAAUAACUUUAACAAAUAAAAACGGGCGUUGGAAUCGUUUUCGCUUU